GGGCCUCGCCAUGCGGCCCGGGCAGCGCCCGCCCCGCGCACGGCGUGUGCCCGCAGAGCGGCCGCGGAGCCCCGCGGCGGCGGGAGGCGGCAGCGGAGCUGCGCCCCGGCUGCCGUGAGGAGGGCCGAUGGUUGCUGACACGGAGGACACGCGCGGACGGAGGCGGCUGCCCAUCCCCACACACACCCCCUCCCACCACCACCACCCCGCGGUUCCCGCCGCUCGCCGUGAGGGCGGGCGCGGCCCGUGCCGCCGCCCGGAAGCCGCGGGGCGCGCCCGGAAGGCGGUGGCGGCCGGGAGGCGGCGCCGGGGCUGCCACGUUGGAGCGGUCCGGGCACGGCUGAGCGCCGGGGACGCCGAGCAAAAUGAAGCUGAAGGAAAUAGACCGUACUGCCAUGCAGGCAUGGAGCCCUGCCCAGCAGCACCCCAUUUACCUGGCCACAGGUACAUCAGCUCAGCAGCUGGAUGCAACCUUCAGUACAAGUGCUUCUCUAGAAAUAUUUGAGCUGGACUUAGCAGACCCUUCACUGGAUAUGAAGAGCUGUGCCACGUUCUCCUCCUCACAUAGGUACCACAAGCUGAUCUGGGGCCCUCACAGCAUGACCUCAGGGGACAGAGUGUCUGGAGUCCUGAUUGCUGGGGGUGAAAAUGGAAAUGUCAUUCUGUAUGACACAGCCAAAAUCUUAGAUGGAGAGGCUGAGGUAAUAAUAGCCCAGAAAGACAAGCACACGGGACCAGUGAGAGCGCUCGAUGUCAACAUGUUCCAGACUAAUCUGGUGGCCUCUGGUGCUAAUGAAUCUGAGAUCUAUAUCUGGGACUUGAACAACUUUGCCACACCAAUGACACCAGGAGUCAAGACGCAGCCUCUGGAGGACAUCAGCUGCAUUGCAUGGAACAGGCAAGUCCAGCACAUCCUGGCAUCUGCCAGCCCCAGUGGCCGGGCCACCGUGUGGGAUCUCAGGAAGAAUGAGCCCAUCAUCAAAGUCAGUGACCACAACAACAGGAUGCACUGCUCAGGCUUGGCAUGGCACCCUGAAGUUGCCACCCAGAUGGUUUUGGCCUCAGAGGACGACAGGCUGCCUGUUAUUCAGAUGUGGGACCUAAGAUUUGCCUCCUCACCUCUUCGUGUUCUAGAAAGUCACACAAGGGGCAUAUUGGCCAUUGCUUGGAGUAUGGCAGAUCCAGAGCUGCUACUUAGCUGUGGGAAGGAUGCUAAAAUCCUCUGCUCCAACCCUAACACAGGCGAGGUGCUGUACGAGCUGCCCACGAACACGCAGUGGUGCUUUGAUAUCCAGUGGUGCCCGAGGAACCCUGCUGUGCUGUCUGCAGCCUCCUUCGACGGGCGCAUCAGCGUCUACUCCAUCAUGGGCGGCAGCGCCGACGGCUUGAGGCAGAAGCAGGUUGACCAGCUCUCCUCAUCUUUUGGGAACCUCGAUCCAUUUGGCACAGGCCAGCCCCUGCCUCCCCUGCAGCUCCCCCAGCAGACUGCCCCACAGAGCGUGGUGCUGCCUCUGAAGAACCCACCCAAGUGGAUCCGGCGACCCAUGGGAGCGUCCUUCUCGUUUGGAGGCAAGCUGGUGACGUUUGAGAAUUCCAAGUCUGCACAGCAGCCGGGCAUGGAGCAGCAGCAGCAUCCCCAUGUCUACGUGAGCCAGGUUGUCACAGAGAAGGAGUUCCUGGCCCGCUCCAACCAGCUGCAGGAGGCUGUGCAGUCCGAGGGCUUUGUCGGCUACUGCCAGAAGAAAAUUGACAUGGCCCUGGCUGACUUUGACAGGAACGUGUGGGCCUUCCUAAAGGUGAACUUCGAAGAAGAUUCUCGUGUUAAAUACCUGGAGCUCUUAGGAUACAAGAAGGAUGAUCUGAGGAACAAGAUUACAUCUGCUCUGAAUAAAGAAGGUCUUGCAGAUGGUAUCUUGGGAGAGGCUCCUGCAGAAUCUGAUGGAUCUGUGCCAAACAAGGGGGAUGAAGGCCAGACUACAGAGGAACAAUUCUUGGGAGAGACACUGAAGGACCAUAAGAAAGAGACUGAAGAUUUGGGAUUUGCAAAGACAACGUUUAACAUUUCUGUUAGUGGAGAUGUGGAUGGGCUGAUCACACAGGCUCUGCUGACAGGGAACUUUGAAAGUGCAGUGGAUCUGUGCCUGCACGACAACCGCAUGGCCGAUGCCAUCAUCCUGGCCAUCGCUGGCGGGCAGGAGCUGCUCUCCCGGACACAAGAGAAGUACUUUGCCAAAAUGAGGAGCAAAAUUACCAGGCUCAUCACUGCAGUUGUAACAAAGAACUGGAAAGAGAUUGUGGAGUCUUGUGACUUGCAGAAUUGGCGAGAGGCUCUGGCUGCUGUGCUCACUUACGCCAGGCCAGACGAGUUUACAGCCCUUUGCGAUCUCCUGGGUAGUAGACUGGAGAAUGAAGGGGACAGCAUUCUGCAGACACAAGCUUGCCUCUGUUACAUUUGUGCUGGCAAUGUGGAUAAACUUGUUGCUUGUUGGACCAAAGUUCAGGAUGGAAACAGCCCCUUGUCCCUUCAGGAUUUGAUAGAGAAGGUUGUGAUCCUGCGCAAAGCCGUGCAGCUCACGCAGGCUGUGGACCCCAACGCCAUGGGUGCCCUUUUGGCUGAGAAGAUGAGCCAGUAUGCCAACCUCCUGGCUGCUCAGGGAAGCCUGGCUGCUGCACUGACCUUCCUCCCUGCCAACACCAACCAGCCAAACAUCGUGCAGCUGCGGGACAGGCUGUGCAGAGCCCAAGGGGAGCUCCCAGUGGGACAGGGCGGCCUCAAGGGACCAUAUGAGAGAGAGCCCAUGGCCAAAGGACGAGCUGGCCCUGUGGCUGGGCGGAUGCAGGCGCCCCAAGCACCAGCCCAGCAGUAUUACCAGCAGGUUAGAAUUGCCCCUACUGUCACUACCUGGAGUAACAAAACUCCUACUGCCCUUCCCAGCCAUCCUCCUGCAGGCUGUCCCUCUGACACACAGGGGGAAAACCCACCUCCUCCAGGGUUUAUCAUGCCAGGUGCUGUUGGCCCCAGCAUGCCACCACAGCAAGCCACAUCUUCCAACUACAGCAUGUACUCACAAGCAGGAGCACGGCCACCAUACCCACAGACGUAUCAGGCCACACAGCAGUACUCCUCUGGAUCAGGGGGACCAGCUCUCUAUCAGCCUCAGCAGCCUAUUGCUGCCCCUGCUUCAGCCUCUUACCCCAGCCCUGCCCCUAACACCACCCCCUCCUACCUGCCCUCUGCCCCUGCCCACCCCAUGCCCUCCCCACUGUACCCCGGGCAGCCUCAGCCCUCCCCAACGAGCCUGAAUCCCGUCUCUUCCUUCCCUGCUCCUCCUUCUGGCACAUCCUUUCAGCAUGGCAGGCCAGGACCUCCAGCAACUUCUGUGGCUUAUGCAUUACCUGCUGGACCAACAGGUACUCUGCCUGCAACCAGUGACCUUCCUGCAUCCCAGAGAACAGAAAGUCUACCAUCUCAAGACCAGGCCUCUCUCUUCGCAGGUGAACUAGGGCCUCAGAAUGGCUGGAAUGACCCUCCCACCCUCAACAGAGCUGCCAAGAAGAAGAAGGUCCCUGACAACUUCCUGCCCCCGGUGCCCAUCACCUCCCCCAUCAUGAACCCGCUGGUGGAUCCGCAGGCUCAGCUGCAGCAGCCCCAGGCUCCAGCAGCACCCAGCAGUGCACCCAGCUUCCAGCCUCCACACCUCCCUGCAGGGCAGCUGGUGCUGCAGGGUGGCUUCCAGCCUGCUUCCCAGCCCCUGGGGCCAUCCAUCAUGCCACCCACUGUUUCCAAACGCAGCACGGAGGGGGCCCCGGGGGCCCCAAUUGGCAAUGCCAUCCAGCACGUGCAGGCACUGCCAACAGAGAAGAUCACCAAGAAGCCCAUCCCUGAGGAGCACCUUAUUCUGAAGACUACAUUUGAAGCUCUCAUCCAGAGGUGCCUGCUGUCUGCCUCCGAUCCGCAAACCAAGAGGAAACUGGAUGAUGCAAAUAAACGCCUGGAGUUUCUGUAUGACAAACUUAGGGAUCAGACACUCUCUCCAACCAUCAUUAGUGGCCUGCACAACAUCGUGAAGAGCAUCGAAACGCGCAACUACCAGGAGGGGCUGAACAUCCACACACACAUCGUCAGCACCAGCAACUUCAGCGAGACCUCUGCUUUCAUGCCAGUCCUGAAGGUUGUCCUCACCCAGGCCAAUAAGCUGGGGGUGUGAGGCAGCCCAGCGUUGCAAAGCCCUGGUUGGGUGGCUGCUUUCCAAAGAAGUGCAUUUCUGCGGCAGACGUGCGGGAAAUGGACCAAGCGCUCGUCCUCGCAGCAUGGCGCAGUAGAGCUGACAAAUGGCAUUACACUCUCCCUGCAAAGUACUUUGUUCUAGAAGGGCUGUGGAGCCCUGGUGCUUUUCUUCUUCUUUUAAUCCUUUUCCCAUCCCUAAUGAUUGUCAUCUACAAAUAGUAUAUUUAAUGGAGGAUGUCCCACGUUGUCAAUUUUUAGGUGCAUGUUACACUGCUAAACAGUGGCUUUUAAUAACAGAUGUAUGUGUUCAAACAACAGGAUAGGUUGUGUAUUGUACCCUAAAACAGAUUAUUCCCUUCCACUCACCCCACUGUUCCUUAUCCACCAGAUUAAAAAUGGUCUGAUCAGGUUACAAGUGUAUUUGGUCUUUCAUUUUAUGAAGCUGCUUGCAGUUCUGUUAUUACAAUUUACACUUUAAGUAGCUUAAUUGUGCACUGGAGCAAAUGAACAAAAUAAAAGCUAAUGUGAUAUUUUCAA